CAGCCUUGACAAAAUACAUGAUGGCCGUUGCCACCGAAUAGUGUAACGCGUACAUGGAACUGUGUCGUGUAACUGAAAAAGUUUAUUAUUCUCAGCAGAAUAUAGCGUCGCGCGUGCUCCGUGUGCGAUUGUUUUCGUUUCGGCGAGGUGCUGUCGGGCCGCGGCGUGACGUGGGAUCGCGCGGCUAGAGUACGCGCGUGGCCGAAAAUUCCCAAGAGGAAAACACGGAGUGGCAAAACCGCGUUCGCCGAGGGCAGAAGUAAGGAGCGAAAACGGUGCAAGCAGAAGUGUAGUGUGUGUGUACAACGAUAGAGAGACUUUUAAGAAGAAAUCAUUGUUCAAAUGAAUAUCAUACAUGAAAAGGUAUGCUGUGGUGACAUUAUUCUUUAAACGUUUGACAAACAUUCAAGAAUGUUUGCGAGUUACUUUUUGGACCUGGGAUAAUAUGUAACGAAAGAGACUUUUAUCAAAAUAAGGUGAUACGCAUACAUUCUACAUAUUGUUCCCUGUGCGCAGCUUGGACGUACUGUCAUGGACAAGUGUAAUUUUGCUACAUUUAUAAAUGGGUGGAAUCUUGCGACAAGUGUAUUUUAGAUAUAAGUCAGGAUACAUACACAAUGAGAUUGAGCAGUUAUUCUUCAACGGAUAAAGUGGUUCAAGAAAGAACUACUUUCAAUGUGCAAGAGAGCAGUGUGUGUAACAUCCAGAUGCAAUUAGUAUUUGUGCAAGAACUUUAGAGGUGGCAUUAAUAAUAUAAGUGAAUACAAGUAUCUUGAAGAAUUCAGAGAGUGCUGUCUGAGUGUUAGAAGAAAUACGAAAUUAUAUGCAUGACAGGAACAGGAGACGUUGGUCGCAGACGCGUUGAGUGGCGCCGAAACGCAAACAUUACUCUUGAACAAAUUUUGGAAAGUUUAGUGGAAAGAACAAAAUAAGCUGGAAAGGUAGCUAGACGCUGCCCGUAGUAAAGAGGGGCUGCGUGGGCAUGCAGCAGCCUCAGUCACACCCUCUUCUUGGGGACUCAGUAUCCUCUACAACUUCCCCGAAUGCACGUCGUAAUAGUUCAGUUGCCGUUUUGACCCAACAACAACUACAGCAGCUACAACUACAGGCCCAGAAUACCAGUGGUCAGUCGCUAACAUUUGCUUUGCAACAGACGUCGAAUAAUCCGCAAGACCAAGGAAAUGGAUCAACGACUGGAAAUCACAUAGUCUACGUAAAUCAGUUGAAUCAAUUGAAUCAAAGUACCAUAAAUCCCUCGGGGACUGGUAUGGGCCUACCCCCGGCCACCCCCACUUUUGGGGUGGGCCUUAAUAUGGGAUUGCCACUAUCACUUCUAAAUACCAGUCUUACAUCUCUUACUUCCAAUGUUAUCACCACGUCGAAUCCUUUGCUGAAUUUGGGCUUGCCGAGCAUAAACACAGGGUUGGCCACGAUAAAUCCUAGCCUGAAUCAAUUGAAUGCUAUCAAUCCCAGCAUUGGUUCAAACAAUAUUAACAGCGGUUUGUCCAAUUUGGGGCAAGAUUUGAAUAGCAUAAAUACUGGGAUAAAUACCGGGAUAAACAACACGAUAAACUCGAAUAUCAAUCCCGGCCUGGCCGGAGUGAACACUGGGCUGUCCGGCGUGAGUCCAAAUUUGACGAAUUUAAACUCAUCGAAUAUAAAUCAAAAUCUUACGACACUGAAUGCCAAUUUGAGCGCCGCGAAUUCCGGCGUGUCGGGUUUACCCGCUAUCAAUCCAAAUACAAAUUUGACAAAUACCAGCAUAAAUUCUGGUAUAAAUCAAGGUCUCAGUCGACCUGCGAAUGCCCUGGCGACCACUGGUCUGACGCCGACUACAUUGAACUCUAAUAACACACAGUUUCCAUUCCAAACGAUACAAAGUAUUCAAACUGUCGCACCACAUAUUGUCGGAUCAUCAAAUAUAGCACAUGUACCAAGUUCCGUCAUAUCGCAGCAUCCCAACUCGAACGUGUCAACAAUCUCACAAAUCUCGAACUCUACUACUCUGACGAGUCCCAGCGUAUUCACGAGCACUCCCAGCGAAUCGAUUCAUCCAACCACAGCGAAUGUGAAUCACGCUUCAAACGUGAAUCUCACUACGAAUAUACCGCACCUCGCUACCAUGCACUCUAACUUGUCAAAUAUAUCGACGUCGAAUGUACAACACAUAACCGCGUCCAACGAACCGACUAUGUCAUUGAAUCAUGUUUCUUCUUUAAGUUCCUCCCAGUCGACGGGAUUUCAAUCACAGCGACAGUAUCCGCAGGGAAUAAACCCUGGCUUAAGUUCGUCGGUGACACUAGCGGGCACAACACAAACGUCGAAUGUGGUCAGUACCAUGAAUACUGUUAAGUCUAUGCAGAACAUUCAGAGCCAAAACAUUAGUUCGCCGGGUAGCCCAUUCUCGAUACCCCUGAAGAGUCCGGCAUCCAAUAUAGCGCCGCCUACGCCGAGCCCUAGCCCUAAUCGGCUAAUACUUAGAAGUCCGGCGUCGAAUAUACAGUCAAAUAGGAACAGCCCGAGCCCCGUCGGGACAGCGACCUCGAACAAUAACUUUAACAUACAAAUGCAAAGCCCCAUGCAGAGUCCGAUGAGCGUUAGUCAAAUACAGAGUCCUGUACUUAGCCCGUAUCCCCCCGCAAAAAGUCCGCAUCUCUUAAGCGGGAAUAACUCUCUCAACAAUAGAAGCCCAGCACCCGGAGGUAGUCCUGGUCCACCUGUGGUUAGGCCUAAUACGCCUAUAUUGCAACAAGGUAUGCAAGUGUUGCAAAUAAUUCAUGGUACACCACAGGGUUAUCAGCCUGCUCCGACUCAACUGGUGACAAGACACCUAUUUGGGAAUCAACAAAUUCAAAUAGCGACACCCUCUAAGACCUCCAAACAACCGCAGCAAAUCUUACCGAAACCACCGAAUCAGCAGGUUGCUACUUCCCAGCAGAAACCGCAACGUACUACCACUACAAUUACCAAUCAGGUAACGCAGCAAACCCAACCGCAACUAGUUCUUACUGGGCCACAGCCGAGUCCUACCACAGCAACGAUGAUACCGACAGCGCAGGGUCUACUAUUGAAUCAGCUAACGCAACAACAAUUGGUGAGGGUCGUCACAGCUCAGGGUAUGCAUCUGCAAGGAAUUACGCCCACAUUUUUUGCUGUACCUAACGGAUUUCCUUCAGCUGCUUCUCCAGUGAUAAGACACACUCCAUCUAGUCCAGCGCCAUCUAAUUCAGGUACAGGCAAUUCUAUCGUGAUCCAGAAUGCCAUGGUACAGAGUCCUCAGCCGCAAAUCUCACAAGUUACGUCCGGUAACGCCACGGGCAACGCAUCGUGCACGCAAACCGUCGUGGAUCAGAGUUUGUUGCCACCUCCGAAGAAGAAGGCGAAGAAGAAGAAAAAGGCCAAGCGGAAAGACGACGAGCCGCCCAAAUUAGAUCUUGCUAGUAUUAUGAAGAUAUCCGGUAUCGGGGACGACGAUGAUAUUUUUGAUACCGACUUGACGACCGAGACGGAGGUUUCUUGUCAAACAUCGCAAACCGAGUCUAACACCGUAAUACCUCUGGGCCAGCUCACGUCGCAAGGAACAGUUCCUGCUAGCUCUGCUCAGACUCUAACACAAGUACCUGCAUCGAAUACAACGAACACGCAAGCUUCCGCGUCACAGACCUUCAACAGUCAGCUGGUCGCUCAGCUGCAGAUGCCCGUGCAAAAUACAAUCUCGGGGCAUUUGCGAUUGUCAGUCGGAGAGGAUGGUAAAGUGGUUCUUCAUCACACCCCGGAGCCUAAUCAACCUGAGAUGGAUCAGGCGACCGCACAGGCAUUGAUACGAUCUCUCACUCAAAGCGGCGGACAGAACUCGCAAAUCAUCUCGCAACUCUUCAGCCAAACGUCGACCACGCCGCAGUCCACCCAAAAUACAACCCCGCAGAGGCAGAAGUACGUGAAGUCGUCUGCUAGCAACCAAGUCUCCACCAAUACCGUGAGUUCCACGUGUUCACAAAAUGUCACUUGUGCCACUAGUCCGCAUCAUGGCCAGAUAUGUUCCAAGUCGAUCAAUAAGCAGCAGAAGAGUACGAGUGUUUCGCAAGAAACGACCAAUUCGCUGCCGAAUAUCUGCGUCCAAAAUAACCUCAGUUCUAUGCAGUCGCUGGAGAUACAAACGUCAAAGAGCGGCAACGUGCAAAAUCUGAUGCAGACCAAGAACAUCCAGUCCUUGAACGCUCCUCUAAACGUCUCGGACGUGUUGAAACCUUCGUCCGCAUCAUUUAAUCCUCGAAUGCCCAACGUGAGUCAAGCGGGCUCCAAUCAACAAAAUUCCAACAUUUCUCUGCAGAAGUCUAGUCAGGUGCGACUUACGAACUCUUGUAUAACUACGAACGUGCGACAGACCUUGGGAAAACAGACGCAGCAAGCGCAGCAUGCCGCUCACGUCCAGAAGACAUUGCCCGUUGUCAACACAGCGAUACAAAGCGAUCAUAUGUCCAAAGUCAAUCAGAAUCUUCAGCAAACGAGUCAACAAGAAACUAUAACGCUGCAACAGGAGUCACCGUUGUAUCAGCACAAUCAACAGAUCACCGCACAAACCGUGCAAACACAGAAUGUACAGCAAAUUUUCGAACAAAAUUUGCAGAGCUCUGGAUCAAACAUUCAUCACAAUUCCAUGAACAUGUUGCAGCAGCAACAAACUUCAUGUAACACUCUUCAACAUGAUACCAUGAACGUUCUGCAGCAUUCUAGCAUACAGCAGAACACGAUUAACUUGUUGCAGCAGAACACGUCCGGUAAUGUCCAGAGUAUCGAGCAGAACUUGCAGUCGGGCAUCAACGAUAUAACUCACGCGCCGCAGAAUGUCAUGACUAGUCUGCAGCAACAGAACACGUCGGCCGUUCUACACAACACGAGCGUACAGCAAAAUGUGAAUGUCCAACAACAGAAGGUCGUGUCGGCUAAUACUUUCUCCUCUGCGCAUCACUUCGAGUCGCAGAAUUCAGCCAACGUAGUGCAACAAGGAACCAACACGCAGCAGAAUGCUUCGAAUCAGAAUAUACUGAUUACGACUGGUCCCACUUCCAAUACCACCCAGCAGAACGAAUCUCAGAAAGUGGAGACUACGACGCAACUGAACUCUGCGACGAACAACAUACUGAACAGCGCGCCAAAAAUCUCGCCGGAAAUUCUGAACGCGCUGAGCAACCUCAAUCCCAACGAUCAGCUAUUGAUCGCGAACGCGAACGGACAGAUGCAGGUGAUCAGUCAGCAGCUUCUGCAGCAAUUCUUAGCCGGACAUCUGAAUCAGCCGAAUCAGACGCAGAAUCAAAAUCAAACGCAGAAGAUAGUGAUUGGCGAACCGGACGCGAAUAACCAGAACUUGCAGGGCGUUCAGAUUAACACUCCGACGAGCCAGAUAAUCGUGAACAGUUCUGGCGGGGCUCCGACAAUCCAGAAUAACAUUCAGAACAUCGUGGUGCAGGCCGCACCGUCGCAGAUGCCGCAUCACAUACAGAUACAAAAUUCUAGCUUUCCUAGUCAAUUCAUUGACAAUCUGAAUCAACAACAAAUUAGGAACUUAGGAACUAACAAUCCACCAAAGAAAACGAAGGUCGUGAAGAGGAAGGUUGCUACCAGCACUCAGAGCAUUGCGUCACAAGCGACGAAGACGUCAGCCGUUACUCGGCCAACGAUGGUCACGACUAAUACGUCCAACCUGCAGAAAAUUGACAAUUCCAAUAAACCCAGUAUGACAGUAUCGCAGAGUACAAAUACUGUUAAGAACGAGCCGAAUCAAAUCAUUUCCAAUGGUCCUUUGGUCUCAUCCUCCACCGGUGGUCACGUGUCAGUUCCUUCAAACGGACAAAUGGUACAAAGAGUGCAGACUAUUCAGCUGCCUGCUCAAAAGCAGCAAUUGUUGAAAAACAUUCAGUUACAAAUCCAAGCUAUGCAAUCGCGUAAGGCUAGCGGACAAUGUGAUCAAGCGUUAUUGACUAAAUUGUACGAGGAGCAAGCAAAGAUUAUAGCCAGCGGAAAGGUUGUUAGCACCACUACACAUUCUGUCAACAGAGCUUCUGAGACGAGUUUCAGUGUAAACGUACCCUCGACAGUAGCGUCAAGUAUACAUCUGCAAAAUUCAUUUAAGAACCAAACGUCGGCAGUGCAAACUCAGACUCAGACUACCACUGCUGCUAUACCGGUCACGUCUCAGAAUCUAAAUCCCACUACGUCGGUGUCGAUAUCGAGCAACUCGAAUAACAGUUACAUUAAUAAUAUUACGGUGCCACAAAGCGCGCAAGGACAGCAGACUAUGAUGACUACUGGGACACAGAGCAUGCAUCAGACGCACAUUAAACAGCAGCAGCAGCAGCAGCAACAACAACAGCACAAGUUUUAUCAGAAUCAUGGAAAUCAGACAUCGAAUCCGUCCUCCGCGACAAACAUGCCGAUCUUCUCGCCAUCGAUUUCCUCCGCGACUCCGCAAUUACAGAGCAACGCACAACAAUUGGCAUCGGUGCAAACACAACAAACAGGCUUGCAGCAACAAUCCACGCAAUGUCAAACCGAUCCGUUAGACAUGAAACCAAACAUACAGACACCUAGUCCCGCGAAGCAGGAACUUUCCUCUCCUAUUCAAGUGCAGGUGCAAAGUAGCUCUCCUGCAAGUCAGGUAACCUCACCUAGAAUGAUGACCAAGGGAACGCAAAGAAACCAGAGUCCGGUGAAUACCGGUGGAAAUACGACGAAGCAGCUUGUCAGUCCCAGCAACAGUCCUCUGAUAAGUCCGAGGCAAGGCGUAAAACGACCUGCAACUAGUCCGAUUUGCAAUAGGCAAUUAAAUCGCAGUGACUUAAUGGAGCAACAGCUAAAGAUGGAUCAAAAUGGUGCAACAAAUCCAGAUAUGAGCACACCAUUCUUAAGUAAAGGCGACGCUUGCAAACGUUUGGUAAGGUAUCAUUGUUUAAAUGAACAGGUACUUAGCCCCAAGGACUUGGAUUAUGCGGACGAGUUAUUUGAAGAGACUGCCAAGCAUUUACUGACCAAAUUUAAUUCCAUGAUGAACAAAUACACGUACCUUCUGCUGAUGGAAAGCACGCGUGAGGUGAAGACAUCAGAACUAAUGAUGAUCGAUAGGACAUUUGUAGCCGAAGAGCAAAGUAUCCUCAACAGGUUACGAGAACAAGAGGCGAAAGUUACCGAAGAGUUUAAGAAAGAAGAAAAGCCGUUGGUGCCAAAAGUCGAGCCUGGUCUCAUGGAGGAGAGCAAGUUGACGACGUCGCCGUCUUUAGUAAGCGUGUCUGUGAAGCGCGAGUUGGAGGACGACUUCCCGAGUGACGAGAUAGAAUGCAAACCAGUGAUUAAGACGUCGAGCAGUACCAGUGGUGAUUACGAUGAGUGGUUGGAGAUCCAGAAGGAACUAGGUGUAUAUCCAUCCACUACAGACACAUUGAAGUGUAAAAACAAUAAUAACGGCGGUGGUAGCAGCAGUGCGUGCACUAUGACUGUCACGAAAUCGUCGAAAAUUGAAAGAACACGAGCGAAUGGCGAGUGUCGCGACAAUGUCGUUAAUGCGAGUGUCGUACCCGGGAUCUCAAAUGCAAUCAUGAAAGACAGUUGCGAGCAAGAGUCCACUCCGAGCUUUGAGAAGCGUUGGAGCAGCGCUACCGAUCUCGAGCGAGAUCUCCUGGAGGAUACCGACAGCUUAGACGGCCUGGCCCUGCAUUCGCAAACGCAAUGCCCGAGUAGCGUUCACGUGGCGAGUAACAAUAGCAGUGGGAAUGCCGGUGACGAGCACGACGACAUUACCGCGCAGGUGCAGUCCGCUAUUGACAGCAUCCUCAAUCUUAAAAAACGUCCCGCGAACACGCUGUCCGGUAACAGCAACAGCAGCAACGCGUCGCAGUCCGGUGACUCAAAGGACACUGCGCUGGACCAGGCGGUUCGCAGCAUCUUAGGCUCGUGACCCUCCUUUAGUAAAGUAUGUUAAGAAGUGAGAGUUAAUAGUUAAUAUCAUCACGGUGACUAUGCGUACGUACUCGAUGCGUAAUCGAAGUAUUUUUUUUCUAUUUUAGAAAGGAACCGAGUCAAUUGUUUCUUUCCGUGGUUUCUUAUGAGUAACAUGGACCUACCGCGAGAACUGUGUGUCUUUUUUUUAGUAUCGAUGAUGCGAUCAGUCUUCGACGAUACAUAUCUCAAAGAGCACACAGCACUGUUACUAAAUUAUUUAUACAGAUUGUACGAUUAUAUGAUUAUAUGAUUUAUUUAUAUAUUAUUGAACGAGUAUAAAAACUUUUCGUGAAUCGUGUGGACGCGCGCGAUAAUAAUAUGUAUAUAUAUAUGUGUGUAUAUGUGUGUAUAAAUAUAUAAAUAUACACAUAUAUGUAUAUGUGCGUAUAAACGUAUACGUCGCAUUCGAUGUAGAACAUCUCGAUUUUGUCAUAGAUUCAGUUUUGCAAUGGCAAUAAUUAUUCAUAAACUGAAACAUAAAAGGAAACAUAUACUUUCCCGGUAGUCUUUAGCUGUAAUAAAGCCACCGCGUAAAUCUAAUUCUAGCAGCUGUACAUGUGGAUAGUUAGGUAGAUAGAUAACUCGCUCAGAUUUUUCAAUAUGCCCACUUUGUAAUGUAAUUUUGUAAAAAGUAAUUAUUUAAAGCAACUCUUAUUCCACUUCUCAUCUGUAGUACUUGUAGUAGAAUCUUAUUGAUACUUAAAACAUGGGUAGGUAAAUUGUACAUACGUUUUUAAGGUGUAUUAUUAUUAUAUAAUAAUAUUAUUAUGACCACAUAUUAUUUGUAUUAUUGUUAUUGAGAUUUAUUCUCAGAAUUAUUAUUAUCGCUACAUUUCUGUAAUUGGUAACAUCAUCAUUGACGACUGUGCGAUCGAAUGCGAACGGGAUAAAGAGAAGAAAGUAAUAGCAUAAGAGACUGAAAUGUAAAAUCGUGGAAAUACGGAAUGCAAAGCGUUAAUGGUAUAUAAGGAGAGGAAUGGGGACACAGAUAGAUUAUCUUCUAUUUGCAGAUUAUAUUGGAUUUCAUUUCUAUUUAUGAUAUAUGCGGUCUCAUGCUAAGGCGUGUUAAGGCGUGUUAAGACGCAAAAUCAAAGGAACGAACUGUUUCUAUAUAAGUAUAUAGUGUUUUACAACUUUUUUUCGGCAUCACACACAAACUCGCUAUAGAUGUGAGUAAUCAAUGGAUGCAUAUUGGAGAGUACGUGUGUGGAAAAAGGAUGAUCACAUAAUAAAUGUUAGAGUCAUCGGACAUUGAGUGAUCUUGCUAUCAUAACAUCGAUCAUAAUAUGUUUAUGGAUCAUAAUAUGAACAUUGAGUGAUUUUGUUAUCAUAACAUCGGUCAUAAUAUUUUUACUCUUGAUUUUAUUUUAAAUUGCACGAGGUGCGUAACUUUAAUAUAAAAUAAAAUCGAGACAUCGGGGCUUUGUGAGAGAUGAGCAAUACGCUGAUCACAUUAUCGUAGAUGAAGCUUUAUUAUGUGAGCUCAAUCGCAUAUUCUUUUUCUACAUAUUCAUAAAGGACUCUCUACACACACACACACACACACACACACACACACACACACACACACACACACAUGCGCACAUACACACACAAACACAGCAGAAAUAGUGUUUUCUGGCAAAAGCAAUUCAAGACUGACGUAUAUACAGAGAAAAACCAGCAAAACUAUGUAAUCUAUUACAAUAAGGAAUAUUAAUAAUCGUUUGUACAUAACGUUCAAUUACACUCUCGACGGCAAUCGUGACUUAAUUCUUCACAGAUUUAAAAAAGUUUGGAUAUGCUAAAGUUCUUUUGAUCCUAAUAAAUUGCCGAUAUUUCACGAGUACAUGUACAUGUAGAUUAUCUUACAUCCCCGUCUGUGCUGCGUUUGCAUGAGAUGUUUUCGCAAGUCGCAUAAUUAUUACGCAUCAACGAGUUGUAUAACGACACAACGGCUGACGAGAGUGGCGACAGAUAGUAUAUAUAUAAAUAUAUAAAUAUAUAUAUAUAUAUACAGGGUGUCCCACCACUACUGUGACAUCCGUUAAAUUAUUGAGAACGUUUCGAGAGACAAAAAGGUUCCUGAUAAAAAAAUCCGUCAAGGCUAUAAUGAUUUUCGAAUGGAAAGCAUUGAAAAGUAAAUAAUCAGACUAUUAAAAGUUUACGCGCUCAGAUACAUACGGUCCAUCGCACAGUAGUGAAGGUGCCCCGGGGCUUCAAUCAUUUCUUUUGAAUAUCGAUGUAAUUCUGGAUACAGCGUUAUUAAAUUGCUUCUUAACUUUGUCUAA